CUUUACAAGAAAAAAAAAGAGUUUUAUUUUAUUAAAAUUUCUAACCAACUCCUCAACGUCAGGCAAAAUCGGUUGGCCUAUCUCCAUUCCCUCUUAAACAAUUAACACCCAACCCACAAAUUAUUUAGCAAUAUAUACAUAUACACAUAGUUCAUUUUUUUAUAUAUAGACCUUAUUUGAGAAACCUAUUUCAAGAUUUGGUGGAUCAUUCAAGAAACACACAUCUUCAACUUCUUGAAAAAAAGCAAAACUAGAAUGAAGAAGACAAUGGAAGAGCCAAGCAAGAUCAUGAGAAGAUCAAUCUACACAUUCCUCAAACACUACCACCAAGCCACCACCGCAGCCGCCGUUGUCCUCCCUUUCUCAGCCGCUCUCCUCCUCUCUCCGCUCUUCUUCUCUUCUUCUUCCUCUUCCUCUCUUCAUGGGAGACUAAACAUGCUCUUCCGUGGUGCUGGUUUCUCUUCUUCUCUUGACUUCUUCAACAUUCUAAGCCUUAAACUCUCACAAACCCUCUCUUCCUCCUUGUUCACUCUCCCUUUCUCCCUCACUUUCCUCCUCUUCUCCAAAGCCUACAUCAUCAAACUCCUCUCAAACACUCAUGGAGACUCCUCUCUUUGUUACUUCCGUCUUCUCAAAACUUACAUUUGCAACUCUCUCUUCCUCCUCUCAGCAAACGCCUCUGCUUUUGCUCUCUUCUUUGUAACAUUCAAUCUCAUUGACUCCUUUGGCUUCUCUUCAAGAAACUUCCACACUCUCUUCUCCUUAUCCUCAGCCAUUAUCUACUCCAUCAUCCUCGCAAACGCCUUUGUAAUCUCCAACCUAGCAUUGAUUUCAUCAACUUCCUCAUCCUCAGGAGGAUACACAACGAUUCUCAAGGCGUGCCUUCUUCUCCAAGGAAGAACUUCCACAGCAUUGGCUCUUGCUCUGCCUACUAAUCUCGGCUUAGCUGGCGUAGAAGCCUUGUUUCAGUACAGAGUUGUGAGGUCUUAUUACAAAGGAGACAGAGAUAUCACUUCUUUAGUUGUUGAAGGAACGUUCAUAGCUUACUUAUACGCUCUCUUCUUGGUUCUUGACACUAUUGUCAACUAUUUAUUUUACCAAAGCUGCGUCAAGAACGAUGAGGAUCAAAAGAUUGGUAGAGAGGACGAGUAUUCGAUCAAGAUUCAGAUCAACGAGACAGAGAACACUAAGAUAUGCAUCAAAGGGCUAAAGAGUUUCCAAGAAAUCUUGUGA